AUGGGAGAUUCACAACGAAAAGGUAAAACUGCAUAUAACACAUGGACCUCACAAGAGAGUAAUAUGUUGUUGGAACUGAUGGUUGAUGCUGCUAAUCGUGGAUGGCGUGAUAAUAAUGGUGUAUUUAGCAAACUAACUGUGGAAAGUAAGAUACUUCCCAAGCUAAAUGAAGCACUUGGAUGUAAUAAAAAUUAUACUAAAUAUCAGAGUCGCUUGAAAUGGUUUAAAACGCAUUAUCAAACAUUUUCUCAACUCAUGUGUUUCAACUCUGGUUUUGGAUGGGAUGCAACCACACAAAGAUUCACUGCCACAGAUGAAAUAUGGGAUAAUUACUUUAAGGUGAGGAUAGAUGACUAUGUAUAUGAUGAGAUUAACGAGGUAUAUGUUCCAACUCAACUCGAUCCAUCAUGCCAAGCACCUUCACCCGGACAUAAUGAACCAUCAAUGUCAGAGUUCGAUACAAAUUUAGAAGUUCCCAUGGAAAAUGUUGUUCAAAGAAAGCGAACUAGAAAUGAAUAUGAAGGAAAUACUCGUUCAUUUGAUCAGAAUGCCACUCGAGUUGAUCUUCUAGAAAAACUUUCUCAUGGUUUGGACUCGAUUGGAAAAAUUGCCACUAAAAUUCGGGGUAUGUAUAACCUAAUGGAGAAAAGGGAAAAGGCAAUUAGUGAAAAGGAGAAAAAGAAUGAUAUUUGGAAUGCUAUUAAGGAAACUCCAAAUUUAGAUAACAUUGGUCGCUAUAAAGCACUUGCAUUGAUUCAGAAAAUGGGAGUUAAAGAUGCAUUCUUGAAGAUGUUACCUGAAGAGCGCUUAGAAUGGAUAUCAUUUAAUAUGGAAUGA